AUGUCAGGAAUCGGUAUAGCCAAUCUCCCCAACCAGCGUCAUAAGAUCGUCAACCAACAUGGAGCCCACUUCACUGUCAUGGUCGUAGGCGAAUCAGGGUUAGGAAAGACGACUCUGAUCAACACUCUUUUUGCUACUGAGAUUUGUGCUCCGAGAAACUAUCUGAAUCGACAUGCCAAGCAGAUGGACAAGACGACAGAGAUCGAAAUCAUCAAAGCAUUCCUCGAAGAACGCGACUUCACUAUCAAGCUGACAGUCAUUGACACACCCGGUUUCGGCGACUAUGUCAACAAUAAGGAUAGCUGGAGUCCCAUUAUUGACUUCAUUGAUGAUCAACACGAGUCGUACAUGCGUCAAGAACAACAACCCCACCGUCGCGAAAAGCAAGAUUUGAGGGUUCAUGCUUGCAUCUACUUUGUUCGACCUACUGGACACACCCUCAAACCUCUUGACGUGGAGAUCAUGAAACAACUAGGCACCCGGGUAAACCUCAUCCCGGUCAUUGCCAAAGCCGACACUAUGACUCCAGAUGAGAUCCACAACUGCAAGAUGAUCAUACGCGAAGUGAUCGCUGCUCAAGGGAUCCGAGUGUACACUCCGCCCAUUGAUUCAGAGGAUGAGACUGCUGCAGAGCAUGCUAGAGCGAUGCAAAGCGUCAUGCCUUUCUCCAUCAUUGGAAGUGUCGAUGAUGUGACCACACCAGACGGUCGAGUUGUCAAGGGUCGGGAGUAUUUGUGGGGUGUUGCCGAAGUCGAGAAUGACGAACACUGUGACUUCAAGAAAUUACGCUCCCUGCUCAUCCGCACAUACAUGCUUGAUCUCAUCUCUACGACUGAGGAGCAGCAUUACGAGGCGUAUCGUCUUGCUCAGAUGGAAACUCGCAAGUUUGGCGAGCCCAAGGUCAGGAAGUUGGACAACCCCAAGUUCAAAGAGGAAGAGGAGCAGUUGCGAAGGAGGUUCACCGAUCAGGUCAAAGUGGAAGAAGCGAGGUUCAGGCAGUGGGAGCAGCAUCUCAUCGCCGAACGAGAUCGACUCAACAAAGACCUCGAGCAUGCCCAUACUACCAUCAAGUCACUCGAGACCGAAUUGGAACAAAUUGCAGCCUAUCACCGUCAAGGUGCUUCUAUCAACCGUCGUUAA